AUGUCUUACCAAGAGCAGCAGUGCAAGCAGCCCUGCCAGCCUCCUCCUGAGUGCCCACCCACAAAAGCCUUGUCCUCCCCCAAGUGCCCUGAGCCUUGUCCUCCUCCAAAGUGCCCUGAGCCUUGUCCUCCUCCAAAGUGCCCUGAGCCUUGUCCUCCUCCAAAGUGCCCUGAGCCAUGCUCCACUCAGCCAUGCCAGCAGAAAUGCCCUCCUGUGCAACCUCCUUCACCCUGCCAGCAGAAGUGCCCACCCAAGAGCAAGUGA